AUGUCGAAGAGCGGAUCCGAUGUGGAGACUGAUCUGUCCAAGGUCAAUAUGGAUCGUGGGGGCAAAUCAAAGAGGGAACGAUCUAGAGAUGUUGUAGCCAUGAUGGAGAAGCGGCUUUCUAAGAUGGAGAUUGCCGUGGUCGAGUUCGAUCAGCGACUCGAGGAGGACGUCCUUACGAAGGGUGGCUUCGAAGCUGUGGUGGAUGAGCUUCAAGGCCAAUUCCAAGGAGCCCUCAACUCCGCACUGGACAGCAUGCGGCUAGAUGUCCAAACCAAGCUGGAUCACUUCUUAGCGGAGCUUACUUCGCUUCGUGAGGAGGUGAAGGAUGUGAAGGGAGAUUGGGCUUUGUGCAAGGAAGCUGUCUUGAACAAGACCCGGACUCCGAAGGAACCCAAGGUGUUAGAUUCUUUCAAACCCAAAUCCUAUAAUGGGAAGAGGGAGGCGAAGGAGCUAGACACAUUUCUGUGGAAUAUCGAAAGGUAUUUCAAGUAUCUGAAGCUCGAGGAUGAUGAGCCCAAGAUCAACACGGCAACGUUGUUUCUCACCGACAAUGCUCUCAUGUGGUGGCGUCGUCGAUCUAUGGAGAUCGAACAAGGUACGUUUACACUUGAGACUUGGGAUGAUUUUAAGAAGGAUAUUAUGUUGCAUUUCUAUCCAGAGAAUGCCAAGUAUGAGGCAAAGGAGAAGCUGAGAUGGUUGAAGCAAACUGGGAACGUGAAGGACUAUGUCGCCAUGUUCACCAACCUAUUGUUCGAGGUGCCUAGCAUGACGGAUGAAGACAAGCUCAUGUACUUCAUGAGUGGCCUACAGAAUUGGGCCAAGCUGGAGUUACAAAGGAGACAUGUCCAAACCUUGUCAGAAGCGAUUGCUGCAGCUGAGUCUCUUGUUGAGUUCAAGAGGAAGGAUCAAGGCGACUCCAAGUUCAAAGGAAAGAAAGAUAGCAGUGGAUUCGGUGGGGGAGACAACAAGCCAAAAGAGGGUAGCAAGGCUGGAGACAAGUCUGACGGUCACAAGUCAUUCGGGAAGAAGAAUGACAAAGGUGACAAGGGAAAGACAAGUCGAAGCUAG